UCAACGUCCAUUUUUCAGUUCAAGCUUUCAACAAAAGACUCGCCGUACAAGUAGUUGGGUAGUUAGUCGUUACCGGUGGAUUCAGUUUCCGAGAGUUGCAGAUGGAGAAGGCUCCACUGAUAAGCGGAGAAAGUAGUGGCACUAACACUAACGGCAUUCGGCGGAGAGAUCACCCUUCAAUCUUCACACGUCGCUCCGAUGCCAUCACAAGCGGUUCUAGCUACCAGAAGGCCGCGGCUCUUGUGGAUCUGGCUGAAGAUGGCGUUGGUUUACCAGAACAACUUCUUGAUCAGUCACAGUCGAGCUUCGACAAAUCUGCCAAGUUCUACUUCAUGUUUAUUAAGUUUGAUUUCAUUUGGUCCCUUAAUUAUUUUGCUUUGAUAAUCUUGAAUUUCUUCGAGAAACCUUUGUGGUGCUCAAAGAGUUCUCUCACACAGUCUUGCACUGAUAGAGAUUACUAUUAUCUUGGGCAGUUGCCAUAUUUAACUGGUACAGAGUCACUUAUUUACGAGGGUGUAACUGUCAUUGUGCUUGUGAUUCAUACUUUCUUUCCAAUUUCAUUCGAAGGGUCACAAAUCUACUGCAAAAAUCCUCUUAUUCGGUUGAAGGUCAUUUGCCUGUUAAUUUUGGUUGCUGAUUUUCUGGUAUAUGUUCUCUACUUGUCUCCACUAGCAUUUGACUUUCUUCCGCUUAGGAUUGCACCAUAUAUCAGAGUUGUCUUUUUCAUCCUAAACAUUAGAGAAUUACGAGAUAGCAUCUUCAUUCUGGCUGGAAUGCUUGGCACGUACUUGAAUGUCUUGGCACUUUGGCUUUUGUUUCUGCUGUUCGCCAGUUGGGUAGCAUAUGUAAUGUUUGAAGACACACAAGAGGGUAAAAUAAUAUUUACUUCAUAUGGUUCAACAUUGUACCAGAUGUUUCUUUUGUUCACCACUUCCAACAACCCAGAUGUUUGGAUACCUGCGUACAAGGCUUCGCGAUGGUAUUGCAUAUAUUUUGUUCUCUACAUUCUAGUGGGGGUUUACUUUGUCACCAACUUGAUCCUUGCUGUUGUAUAUGAUAGCUUCAGAGGUCAGCUUGCGAAACAAGUUUCUGAGAUGGAUCACAUGAGGAAAAGAAUAUUGGCAAAGGCAUUUUAUCUCAUUGAUAAGGAUAGUGUUGGAUCUCUCAACAAAGAUCAAUGUAUACAACUGUUUGAAGAGCUUAAUAAAUACAGGACUUUGCCAAAAAUAUCACAAGAAGAAUUUCAGUUCAUAUUUCAGGAGCUGGAUGACACCCAUGAUUUCAGGAUCAACUUGGAUGAAUUCUAUGACCUUUGCAAGGCCAUUGCUCUAAGAUUCCAAAAGGAGGAUGUUCCAUCCUGUUUUGAAAGAUUUCCAUUAGUUUACCGUUCACCAUUCUCUGAAAACUUGAAAGCUUUCAUACGGAGUCCCAAAUUUGGGUACAUAGUAUCCUUCAUUCUCAUAGUGAAUCUCGUUGCCGUUAUUGUUGAAACAACGCUUGAUAUAGAAAACAGUUCUGGACAGAAAGUGUGGCAAGAGGUGGAAUUUGUCUUUGGGUGGAUAUAUGUACUGGAAAUGGCUCUGAAAGUUUAUUCAUUUGGAUUUGAGAAUUACUGGAGUGAUGGUCAAAAUCGCUUUGAUUUUCUGAUAACAUGGAUAAUAGUUAUUGGGGAAACUGUAACUUUUGUGUCCCCUAAUGGUCUCACCUUUCUUUCGAACGGAGAAUGGAUCCGCUACCUGCUUCUUGCAAGAAUGCUAAGACUGAUUAGGAUCCUAUUGCAUGUCCAACGUUACCGAGCUUUUGUUGCCACAUUCUUAACCCUCAUACCAAGUUUAAUGCCUUAUCUUGGGAUCAUAUUUUGUGUCUUAUGUAUCUAUUGCUCUCUUGGUGUACAGAUCUUUGGCGGGAUUGUUAAUGUGGGGAACGCAAAGUUAGAAGAGACCGAUCUUGCUAGCGAUGACUAUUUCCUUUUUAAUUUUAAUGACUAUCCUAAUGGAAUGGUGACUCUUUUCAAUUUGCUGGUUAUGGGUAACUGGCAAGCUUGGAUGCAGAGCUACGCAGAAUUGACAGGAACUUCUUGGACCCUUGUUUAUUUUAUCAGCUUCUACCUAAUAACUGUUUUAUUGCUCUUGAAUUUGGUUGUAGCUUUUAUCUUGGAGGCAUUCUUUGCUGAAAUGGAUCUUGAGACUUCUAAAACAUGUGAAGGAGAUGACAAGGAUGAAAGAAUCAAGGACCAACGUGGAUAUGUUGUAGGUGCCAAAACUCGAAGUCAGAGAGUUGAUAGGCUUCUCCAUCACAUGCUGAGUGCAGAGCUACAUGAUUCUGGCGAUGCCUAGUUUGACUUCAGUUCACAUUCUGUCUUCAGUCCAAGUUCAUGGUAUAACUUCAUAGAUAAAAGAAGAUACUAGUUCAAAUUCAGUGGUAAAGAUUGUCAGGUAUUGCUAAUUUGCCCAUUGCUUAUCUGGUAAAAUGAAACCAAAUCCAUUAAUCAUA